AUGUCCCCAAUCAUCCGUCUUCAUCCAUUUAAAAAAACCUCAAAGUUCAUCCACAUCCAUCCUGAGCCACAGGAUUUAGGCCUCUCCCUUCGGGGUUUACAGCGACGGGGUUUAGGCGUGGAGUUGCGCGGAGGCGAAGUGCACUUGCGACGCUGGGCGCUGUUGCAAUUUGUCGCCGAGGAAAAUUGGGUUACGGAGCUGCAAUUUCAGACUGUGGGGUGUCGAGUUUUGAGGGGUUUGGGUGAGGCUUUUGGUGGGGUAGAGUGUGGGCGAAGCUCCAUGGCGACUGUUGUGGGCGCCGCGGCGCAAACGGUUGUUGGUGUGCGGCAGUCGGAGAGAUUGGCAACGCAACAACCCUCGUGCCAUUUGCGCUCUGCCUCCCACAUCGACUCCACCCCAACUUGCAGGAGCGGCCAUGACUUGGUUUAUGGAUACUCGUCUGGUACAUUUUUCGCCUCAGACACACUUCACUCUUUCGUCGCUCGCCCAGUGAAAAGAAAUCAGCGGCGAAGGGAUUCAAAUUUUGUAGUUCACGCUGAAGCCGACUACUAUGCGAGGCUUGGAGUAGGAAGAGAUGCUAGCAAAUCUGAAAUUAAAAGUGCUUAUCGUAAACUUGCACGACAAUAUCAUCCUGAUGUUAACAAAGAUGCUGGUGCAGAACAAAAAUUUAAGGACAUCAGUAAUGCAUACGAGGUGUUAUCUGAUGAUGAAAAAAGAUCAAUUUACGACCGUUUUGGUGAAGCUGGUCUUUCGGGCCAAGGAGCGGGGGCAGGGGAUUAUGGUAGCGCCUUUGAUCUUUUCGAAUCCCUCUUUGGGGGCAUGGGAGGAAUGGGAGGCAUGGGAGGCAUGGGCGGAGCUCCUCGCAGCAGGGCCACACAAGGAGACGAUGUACGCUACGAUUUAACUUUGGAAUUCAAGGAAGCAAUUUUUGGAGUGGAAAAGGAUAUUAAAAUUACUCGGUUUGAGGAAUGUAAAACAUGCAAUGGCAAUGGAGCGAAACCCGGAACUACUCCUCGCAGAUGCAAGGCUUGUAACGGUCAAGGCCAAGUGUUAACAACCGCCCAAACUCCUCUAGGAAUGUUUCAGCAGGUGACCACUUGCGAGUCAUGUGAGGGCACGGGGGAGACUUCAUCGCCAUGUACAACCUGUCGGGGAGAUGGCAGAGUAAAGAUUAAGAACAAAAAGAUCAAGUUGAAGAUUCCAGCUGGUGUUGAUGAUGGUAGCAGAUUGCGAGUGCGGUCAGAGGGUAAUGCCGGUCGUAAGGGUGGUCCUCCAGGAGACGUUUACGUUUUCAUCAAAGCGAAGUCGGACUCGGAGCUGAAGAGAAACGGUAAUGAUAUUUUCUUCUCAGCUAAAGUUUCCUACAUAGAUGCAAUACUGGGUACCACUGUGAAAGUACCUACAGUUGAUGGGACAGUGGACCUGAAGAUCCCAGCUGGAAUUCAACCUGGCAGCACCUUAGUGAUGGCCAAAAGGGGUGUCCCCUUCAUGGGAAAACCCAACAUGCGUGGCGACCAGUUGGUAAGGGUACAAGUCGUGAUUCCCAGUAAACUUAGUGAAGAAGAGAGGAAGCUAAUUGAGGAGCUAAAAGAGAUGUCACUUCCUAAAGUUGCUGUUGGUGCUACCAGAUGAUCAUAUUCCCACACACGAUGCUUAGUAUUUAGGACAUCAAUUGUAGGUCAUAUUGCACCCCCUGAUUACUGAUAAUUAUUGAGAUACACACAUUAUCCAGGUUGAUAGCAUGCUUUUGUCUUCAUAUGUCUUUAUGAUUUAAGCUCAGGAAGGGUAUUGCUGGGCAAUCAUUUUAUAGGUGUAUACUAUUCAGGUAGCAUCGAGAUAUGUCCGAUCAAUUAAUGUAGCACCUCGCAUCAAGAUUGUUGAUGUCGGAGCUUGAUCACUACUGGGGUCAGCUUGGUGAUUUUCAGGGUGACAUUGUGAUCUUGAUUAGUUCUAAUUUUAUAGUUACAAAUUGGUGGCUAAUUGAUCCUUUGUCAUGAAUCGUCUGAAAUUGUAAUUCGUAUAUUAGUUUCAUCUGUCAA